AUGACCACGGACACCUUGAGAUCUCAGGGAUCUGUCAACCCUCAACGAUCCGGCGAUAAGAUUGUGCCUGUCGGCAGCAGCCAAGAGCCCCAGACAGCGUCCCCCGUCGAACCGUGGAGAGCUGAGCUCGAAGAGCAGAUAGUCGACCUGGAAAGUUGGGGAGAUGAGCAAGAAACAGAAAUCGCUUCAAUCAUUCUCAAAAUGCUCCUCUCAUUUCCUGAAAAAGGAUACCUGGCCACUCUUGAAGCUUCACUCCGUAUAGGAGCGGAUUACUGGGCUAAGUUCCUUCCUUCGAGCUGGGACCCUCUUAAUAAGCCUUAUAUGAAGGACGACAAAGGCUGGCCCAUGUACCUCGCCGGCGUUUACGGCACGAUUUCCUACCAGUCAUGGCUACUGCGUUAUGACGAUCCUCGCCAAGACUGCUUAGUGCACCUUCUGAUCGACUUGCAGAAUCUGCCCAAGGUGACAUACCGGAGCUAUGGUGAAGAACACCAUGCAUACCACAAUGACCCAGUCUUUACCUCAAUGUGUAACGAGAAUUGGAGUGCCAAAUUUGCAUCCGACCGGCCUGAACCGACCGAACCCGAAGCAAAGAAGGACUUCAUCCUCACUUGCGACGAGUGGGUCAAUUUCUCUUCGUUCUUGGCCCGGUAUCAUGGCUCCAAAGCAUAUCAGCCACGUCCUGGGGCCCUGAAGUAUCCAAGCGUCGACAUCGAGCUCGCCCUUGAAAAGCCCCUUCCUCCUGGAAAGCUCGGCGAAUGUAGAUUGCUGGUGGCAUCCAACUGGUUUAUUCAUGCUGGAAAACUCAUCUACGAGAACAUGGCGGAGACGGACACGAAGAACUGGAAUCUCGGUGUAUGGACCCUCUGGACGAAGGCCAUUCGCGAUAUCCUGCAGGCUGGGGGUCAGUCUAAUGAAGUAACCGCGAGACUGCAAGCCGCUUUGGACAUGGUCGUCUCCUUAACCCCAAAGGGGAGUGAGAUGAAGGGAAGCAGUGAGCUUGGAGAGAGCAGCGAGGCUCAGAAAAAAAGCGAGAUACAGGAGAGCAGUAAGGUGAAGGAGAGUAGUGAGGUCCAGGAUGAUGGUGAGGUGAAGGAGACCGAUGAGGUCAAGGAGACUGGUGAGGCUAAGGAGAGCAGUGAGGCUCAAGAAAGCAGUGAGGUUAAGGAGGACAGUGAGACCAAGUAA